AUGGAAAUGGCUAUCUGCGGCGGUGGCGGUGGCAGCCCCACCUUGAUGCUACUGAUCCUGACGGCGCUCCUAACUUUAGGUCAAGCUACAGAUACCUGGCAGCGUUUGCCAUCCUUAGACACUUUCUCCACCUAUGAGGACAUGCAGCGUUACUUUGAUCAGCGCAAUUUCCGCAGCAUGCGGCACAUCGAGAAUCCCACGGGUGACACCUAUUUGGCAGCCUUCAAUCAGUACAAUGAGCAGGUGGAGGAUCAGUCACCAAAGAGGGUGACCCAAGGCCACUCCAGGAUCAAGCGCGACAACCAACGCCAACUGCCCACGGCACCCAGAAUGCUGCGUUUCGAGCUGGCGGAUGCCGUGGAGCCGAGUCCGGAACUUAAGCAAAUCCUACGUCAAUAUCACGCCAGAGCCCUGAAGGAAAAUCCCACUGCUGCGAGUCCAGUCAGUACCACUCAGGAACCCACUCCUGCAGUGAGUGCCACCAAGGCCACAAAGGCCAAGUCCCGAAAACCACGUCGUCAGAGGCGAUCAGUUGUGGGAUCCCAGCAGCCGGCGGACUUUAAAGUGCAAAUGAUCCCCUUUGAAGAAACAGAUGCCAGGGAGCCCGAUCCCAUCACAGCGCAGCUGAUCAAGAAGGCCCGCUCCCUGGACCUUCAGAGUCAGGCCACCAGAUCCACUGACUUUCGCCAUGCCAGGCCCCAAGUGGCCAGGAAGCAGCCCAUCCAGGUGAGGAUCCGCAAGACGAAGCGCUCCAAGCGCUCAGCGCCGCAGAUGAUCAAGUUUGAGUUGGCGGAUGCCAAGGCCAUGCCCCAAAGAUCCGGCAAACAGCUGGCCAGCGAAACAGUGCCCACUCUACUGACCAUGGAGACCCAGAGGAACAAGACGCAAGCUCCGCAGCUGACCACACCCACUCCUCGGCUGGAGGACAAUGAUAUUCUCACAGGUGAAGCUACGGCGGAAACCAAACGCAUGUAUGUUUACAAGGAGGCUCCCAUCAGUUCUGGACAUGUGAAGACCAAGAAAUCACUGAGCACCCUGCCCCACGAAGUUCAGAAGGUCAUUAGCCAGCUGAUGAAGGAUGGACUGGGUGGCAAGGCGUACGUCAAGUAUCUUCCCGCCCAGAAAUCCGACUACGAGCACUACAAAGCCAAAGCCGUGUCAUAUGGUGGUAAGCCCUUGGGCAACUAUGUAAAGUACAUCAACAAACCAGCUGAACCAGCUGCAGCUCCCUCUCCUGUCCAAGUGCACAUCCAGCCAGUUCCUGUGGUGGAGCAACUCCGCUAUGUUUAUAAGCCCCACUAUGCAGCAGUUGCACCCACAAUAGCCCAGCCCAUUGUGGUUCAGGAGGCGCCUGCUCCCACAGUUGCAGUGGAGGAAGUGCAUCACACCUACACCGCAGAGCUGGCACCCCCGCCCACGCAGAGUGUUGAGGUGGUUGUACCCCAAUUCCGACCUUCCAAGCCAGAUCCGCUGCUGGCGGAAGCACCUGCCAUCUAUGGCAAGCCCCAGGAGACCUACAACUCCUACGAACUCCAACCAGAAGCUUCUCCCCUCAUCAAAAUCGAGUACCAUGCCCAGCAGGAUGGCAUCAAUGAGCACUACAAGCAGCUGCCCGAGUUCCAGCAACUGUCCACGCUUAUCGGCAAGUCGCCGGACGAUCAGAUCCAUGGCCUAACCUACCUCCUGGCCAAGGAAAUGCAGGCCAAGCUGCAGAGGCAGGGCAAGGAGCUGGUGGAUCGGCCGCAGGACAGCACGGCUCCGAUUCUCUUCCACCCCGGACAAGGCGCCUCCCCGGCACCCACUCUGAAAACCCUCUUGGAGCACGGAUCGUUGGGAGUGCAGCCGGGUCGUCUGAUUGGAAUGGCCAAGACCAAGCAGUAUGUGCCCAUCAUCGAACCGGGCAACAACGAUGUCAAGGAGCUGCCCAUAGUGCCGAGUAGCGAGGCCUCCAAGCUGCCUACUCCCAGUUCCUACAUCGACUACACCCACGGACAUGGCUUAUCCAACGGCUACGAAGGUGUGACCAAUGUGGAGGAGCCGGUGACCACAGUGGAGCAUGUGGUGCACCAUCCCACGGUGGCCACGCAGCUGCAUCACCAGGUCCUGCUCCCUAAGCCCCACCACCACCAGCAGCAGCAGCACCACGGACUUGUGGCCACUGUCCUUCCGGCGGAACUGGACUCGGACAAGGGCGUGAAUGGGCUGCACUUUGUUCACGGCGACGAGGACAAGUCGCUGCAGCAGUAUGCCUCGAAGUAUGCGUUCGGUUAUCGCAUACGUGAUUUCCAUACCGGCAACGAUUUUGGCCACAAGCAGAAUCGUGAUCUCCACGGCGUGACACGCGGCCAGUACCACAUCCUUUUGCCGGACGGAAGGAUCCAGAACGUCAUCUACCACGCCGACGACACGGGCUUCCACGCGGAUGUCAGCUUCGAAGGCGCCACGAAGCAUUGA